GAAGCCUUUGGGUGGGACGCCGGUCGCUUCCGGCGCGGGCCCGCUCUGACUGCGCGGGCUUCCGGCGGGGCGGGGGUCGCGGCCACGACGAUGGCGCGGAAGAAGGUGCGGCCGCGGCUGAUCGCCGAGCUGGCCCGCCGCGUGCGCGCCCUGCGCGAGCAGCGGGAGCGGCCGCGCGACUCGCAGCUCUACGCCCUGGACUACGAGACCCUGACCCGGCCGCACUCGGGCCGCCGGCUGCCGGCGCGCGCCUGGGCCGACGCGCGCCGCGAGAGCCGCCUCCUGCAGCUGCUCGCCCGCCUCCCGCUCUUCGGCCUGGGCCGCCUGGUGACGCGCAAGUCCUGGCUGUGGCAGCACGACGAGCCUUGCUACUGGCGCCUCACGCGCGUGCGGCCGGACUACACCGCGCAGAACCUGGACCACGGGAAGGCCUGGGGCGUCCUGACCUUCAAAGGGAAGACGGAGGCGGAGGCCCGGGAGAUCGAGCACGUCAUGUACCACGACUGGCGGCUGGUGCCCAAGCACGAGGAGGCGGCUUUCGUCGCCUUCACGCCUGGGAUGGAGGACAGGCCGCGCCCCGUGCCCUACCCACCUCUGCUCCGGGCCAUGAUCCUGGCUCAGCGACGGAAAAGCGGGGACACCAGCGCGGAGGAGCCGCUGCUGAACCUGGAGAGGACUCGUGCGGAUCCUUGGGACUACCCUGCAAAACAGGAGGCCAAGGGGCGGGCCGGGGGAACCGCAGUCUAGCUGGGCAGGGCCUGCGCAGUGCCCGCGGCCCGGCGGCGGGCUCCCCGCGGUGACCGUCUUGGGGUGUGGCCGCCUAGGCGACGUGCCCCGCGGCCUUGCAGUUGGUGGGGAGAAGUGGGGCAGCAGAGGCUGAGUCGGGCCCUGCGGGCGGGCUGCUGAGCGAAAGCGGGGAGCAGCGUGCGGGCCUCACUUCCAAGCGGCCUCUGCCGCGUUGCCGUGACUGGGAAUAAACGCGCUUAGUGGCC